GGUUGAUGUGGGCAGCAAUAACAAUGAAGUUAUGAAUCCUCUGGGGCUUCGAUUUCUCACCUGGCUGCCAGAUGACAGCUUCCUGGUGGUUGGUCAAGGUCACCAUGCUGCUCAGUCUGUCCUUCACCAUCUGACUGCAGUGCCUACUGUGGCUGGAGCUGAAGAGGAGCACCUGAAUUUGCGGUUGUCUUUGCCUGUAGAUGGAGAAGUUACCAGCCUGUGCUGCAGCCCAGUGACCAGAACUGUAGCUUUGCAGCUUGCUGAUAGACAGAUCCUGAAAUACCUCUGGGAGGCUUCUACUCCAGUCCUUGAGCCCUGGCAGGCUAGCAAUGGAUCUGCUGUUCGGUUUCCCUACCCCUGUGUGCAGACUUCUAUCACGAGGAUCAGUGGUGAAGAGAUGAUCUUGGGCCUCACAGAUCGAUGCCGGUUUUUUGUUAAUGAUACUGAGGUUGCUUCCAACAUCACCUCAUUUGCAACAUACAAUGAGUUUUUAUUGGUGACAACCAGUUCCCACACCUGUCAGUGCUUCUGCUUGAAGAACGUAUCAGUGAAAGCCCUUCAGGCUGGCCUGAGCAGUCCUGCUGCACCCAACAGUGAGACCUUGCGCAAGGUGGAGCGAGGUUCGCGUAUCAUCACCAUUACACCCCAGGACACAAAGGUUGUGCUGCAGAUGCCUAGAGGAAAUCUGGAGACUGUUCACCACCGAGCUCUUGUUCUUGCCCAGAUUCGAAAGUGGCUGGACAGACUUAUGUUCAAGGAAGCAUUUCAGUGUAUGAGGAAGCUGCGAAUCAACCUCAAUCUUCUCUAUGACCACAAUCCCAAGGUAUUUCUGGAAAACGCAGAAACCUUUAUCAGACAAAUAGAUUCUGUGAACUAUAUCAACUUGUUUUUCACAGAAUUGAAAGAAGAAGAUUUCACGAAGAGUAUGUACCCAUAUCUGAAUGGUAGCAGUAGUGCUCAACCAUGCCAGCAUCCUGAUCAGAAAAAAGUAAACCUCGUCUGUGAUGUCAUGAGAGUUGCCAUGGAACACAUUGACCCUCAAAAAUACUGCCUAUCAAUACUGACAGCACAUGUAAAGAAAAGUCCUCCAGAAUUGGAAAUUGCUCUCCAGAAGGUUCAUGAUCUUCGAGAAAGCAUUACUCCAGAUGCCAAAGCUGUGAGUGCAGAAGAAGCACUGAAGUACCUGCUUUUCCUUGUGGAUGUCAAUGAAUUGUAUGAUUAUUCCUUGGGGACAUAUGACUUCAAUUUAGUCAUCAUGGUGGCAGAAAAGUCUCAAAAGGACCCAAAAGAAUACUUGCCCUUCUUAAAUACCCUCCGGAAAAUGGAAACCAAUUAUCAGCGAUAUACAAUAGACAGACACUUGAAGAGAUACACAAAAGCUCUUGGGCAUCUCAGCAAAUGUGGUUCUGAACACUUCUCUGAAUUUCUGAACUUGGUGAAGGAUCAGAAUCAGUACUGUGAAGCCUUGAAGCUGUACCCCUCAAGCACUCAGGAGUACAAGGAUAUCAGCAAUGCAUAUGGGGAGUACUUAAUUCAGAAGCAGCUAUAUGAACAGGCUGCGUUGGUAUUUGCUCGUGCUGGCAUCUUUGCAAAAGCACUUGAUGCUUUUCAGAACAGUGGCAGCUGGCAGCAAGCCCUGUGCGUGGCGUCACAGCUUGAUUACACAAAGGAUGAACUGUCCAGCCUGGCACAGACCAUGGCAGGAAAACUAGUUGAACAGAGAAAGCAUGCAGAGGCAGCCAUACUCUUGGAGCAGUACACUCAGGACUAUGAAGAGGCUGUUCUCCUGCUCUUGGAAGGGGCUCUCUGGGAAGAGGCUUUAAGACUGAUUCACAAGUAUGGUAGACUGGAUAUCUUGGAGACCAACUUCAAACCUGCUAUUCUGGAAGCUCAGAAAAGUCAGCUGAUCUUCCUAGAUUCUCGGAAAACAGCAUUUAUUUGCCACAAGAGUCGCCUGCAAGUGGUCCGAGAGCUGAAGGAGAAGGCUUGUGAGUGCCUGCAGGAUUAUGAAAUGCCAAAUUACUCAGAAUUGGAUCUUUUCUCUGAAACCAGCAGUGUUGUGACACCCAGUGACAUGAACAGCAAAUAUUCACACAGCAGUUCAAGAAUAUCAGCGCGAUCCUCAAAGAACCGGCGGAAGGCUGAGCGCAAGAGAUACAGCUUGAAAGAGGGGAGUCCUUUUGAAGAUAUGGCCCUUCUGGAAGUCCUGGGAGAAAACAUUCGUGCUGUUGAGACUGUGAAGGGUAGGACACUUCAUGAUCUUAAUCCACUCCACAGCUU